AUGUCGUCUCCAGCUGUUGGCUUCUCCUCAUGGAGGAGAUCUCCCAGACGGUCUUCCUCCGUUUCGCAGUAUGCUUCGGCCCAGGAGGAAAUAGAGUCUUCGAGUCCCUCCAAAACCAUCCCAACUCGGCCCUGCCAGGAUCCUACCAGCAAUGAGGCCCAUCAGCUAUAUUCAACUUCGGUGAAUUCAGUUGCGCACCGCGAACCUUUGAGGUCCUUCAUUCAUGGCUCGGUCCGUGAAAAUCUAGCUCCUCUAGACAGUUACCAAUACGCACAAUCCGUUCGCCAGGAUACCGCCGAGCUAGCGAACUAUUUUCUCUCCGACCCAAAAGACCGACAAAGCCCAGCGUUCCUUGAUCGAAGACGAUCCUCUAUCUCGCAACAAACAGUUCUCGGCCACAUAGCUCAGGCCACUGGCACCGAAGAUGCCGAAGAGGGUGAUGGUAGGUACCAGGACGCCCUCAACGUAAACGUAUCUGAGCCCCUAUCGCCAGAAACCGAUGUCGAAUCAACAACCGAGGGACCAUCUAUGCUCACCACAAUGCUGAAGAGAUCGCCACCGAGUACGAUAUAUAUGCCGGCUUCACGUGGCGAUGAGGGCUACGAAGAAGAUAAUUCGUGGGAGAAUGGUGAGAGCAGCAGGAGAGGGUCAUGGAAACACCCGGAACUAGUCCAACCAACCGAGCGGGAGGCAGAGGCAGCCGAUACUUCAGACGAGCACGCACCGUUGCUUCGGACCACAUCACGCGAGGCCCGGCAUGAUUAUGGUAUGGUCAACGGCUCCGGCCACGAUGCUGAUAUCGAAGAUCAAAAGAGUCCGAAACGGCGAUGGACGACAAGGCUUGCCGCUUCCGCGAGGGAUAGAUGGGAUCACAUUGCCAGUUUUGCCAAGGUGGCAGCAACCCCAAAGCGCUGGGACCGCCACGCUCUCUGGAAGAACGUUAUCGUUACACCUGUCCAAUGUUUACCAGCCGUCAUUGUGGGACUCCUGUUAAACAUCCUUGACGCGCUUUCGUACGGCAUGAUUCUUUUCCCUUUAGCAAAUCCAAUUUUUUCGAGCUUGGGGUCCGCCGGUAUCUCGAUCUUCUACAUCAGCACAAUCAUAUCACAGUUGACAUUCUCCCUUGGGAGCGUGUUCAAGGGUGGUGUUGGCUCCGAGUUGAUCGAGGUUGUGCCCUUCUUCCACAGUAUGGCUGGUACCAUUACCGAAAUUGUCGGCGAAGAUGACCCAGAAGCGGUCAUCGCAACGACCAUCACAUCUUAUGCGCUAAGCUCGAUGCUCACGGGCACCGUUUUCUACCUUAUGGGCAAAUUCAAGUUUGGCUAUCUCGUGGGUUUCAUCCCGCGUCAUAUCCUGAUUGGCUGUAUCGGUGGUGUCGGUUGGUUCUUGAUCGCCACGGGCUUCGAGGUGACGGCUCGCAUGGAUGGCAGUCUAAAUUACGAUCUCGACACCCUGAAGCGACUUAUUCAGCCAGACACUAUCCCACUAUGGACGGUACCUCUCGCUUUGGCGAUCAUUCUGUUCUACGGCCAAACGAAGAUCACGUCCAAGUAUUUCCUUCCUCUCUAUAUCCUCACCAUACCUGCCUUGUUCUACUUGGUAUUACUCAUCUUGGGCGGCCCUGACCAAGACACUCUGCAAAAACAUGGCUGGGUGUUUGAGGGGCCUCCGCCCGGUGAGCCAUGGUGGUAUUUUUAUACUCUGUACAAGUUUCACAAAGUCGAUUGGAGUGCCAUUAUGCAAUGUAUCCCCGCAAUGUUUGCCCUGACCUUCUUUGGUAUCUUACAUGUGCCUAUCAACGUUCCAGCUUUGGCACAGAACAUCGGCGAAGAUCAUGCCGACCUCGAUCAUGAGCUCAAGCUACAUGGCUACUCAAACUUCCUGUCAGGCUGUUUUGGAAGCAUUCAGAACUACCUGGUUUAUGCCAACAGCGUCUUUUUCAUGCGCUCAGGGGGUAACACUCGACUGGCGGGUAUUAUGCUUGCAGUUCUUACUUUCCUCGUAAUGAUGAUCGGUCCUUCCCUGAUUGGCUUCAUACCGGUCAUGAUGGUUGGAGUGCUCAUCUUCGACCUUGGCUUCGAACUGCUUAUUGAGGCUGUUUGGCAACCAAGGAAAAAGUUGAAGUGGCUUGAAUACAUGACUGUGCUUGUCAUUGUCGUGGUCAUGGGCACAUAUGACUUCGUCAUUGGUAUCGGAGUUGGCAUUCUUUGCGCAUUUGCCGCUCUCAUUAUCCAAACAUCCAGAAUUUCGGCUGUAAGGGCAAUCUACUCCGGGGAGGUGGUGGGGUCGACGGUGAGAAGAAAUCCGACGCAACAACAUUACCUUAGAGACGCUGGAAAGCAAGUCAACAUCAUCAAGCUUGCCGGUUAUCUCUUCUUUGGAACUAUUGUGAGCGUGGAGGAAAAAAUCAGGGCUAUGAUUUCCGAUGAAGAGUUCAGCCAUCGCCCAAUUCGGUUCCUCAUCAUCGAUCUGUGGCUGGUCAACGGUGUCGAUUAUUCCGCCGGAGAGGUGUUUAACACUAUCAGCCGCCUGCUCAAUCACAAGGGCAUCGAGCUGAUUAUCAGCGGUGUUGACACCGAACAAGAACUGGGUCGUCACCUAAGAGCAGCCGGUCUCGGUGAAGAUGGGAUUGACGUCAAGCUCCUCCCUGAGCUGAACUCGGCCUUGGAAUACUGUGAGAACGAGCUUCUCAAGACACUGUAUGCCAGUCAAGAAGCAGGUCGUCUUCCGCGGACAGCAGCUUCUGUACCUUCCAGCAGCUUGCAAGUGCCCUCUACCCAAUCAUCCAUACAGCCUCAGUUCGACUCCCUGGGAUCUUCUCCCCGUCGCAGCCACCUCCAGGUAGCAGCUCGUCAUGCACUCAACCAGCAAGCUGAGCAGCAACGAGGGUCAACAAGAUGGCAAAGCUUUAAGGAGCCGCUACGGCUGAUGCUCCAGAUUUUCCAGGACGUCAGCAACAAAAACGAGGAUUUCUGGUUCCGUGCCGUAGGUUACUUCAAAAGACUCCAAUAUCCUGCGGGAACUGUCAUUUUCCGGCGCGGGGAGCAGGCAGAAGGAUUUUAUCUGCUCGAGCAAGGUAUGCUCAGAGCCGAAUACGAUCUGCCACAGGGGCGGCUUUGUGAAAGCAUCGUGGCCGGAACGACGUGCGGAGAAUUGCCGUUCUUCUCGGAGACGACGAGAACGGCGACGUGUGUGGUCGAGCGCGACUGUGUGCUGUGGAUGAUGGACCGGGAAGGAUGGGAGAAGCUGCAAAAGGAGCAACCGGAUGUGGCGAUGGAGCUGUUGAGGAUAGGGUUGAAAUUGACGAGUGAACGGAUGAGUGUCUUCACGAGUUAUACGCUGACUAUGGCUGGUUGAGUAUGCUUUUGAUGUAGGGGGCACAUGGGCAUGGGAACAUACAAGUAGCUACGUAAUAUGUAACAUAGAUCAUCACAUAAGUCUGCGAAUAUCAGUUAUGUCAGAGCUGGUGAUAAUGAUAGCUCGAAUUAGUUUACAUAUGUUGUAUAUGCACUAGAAAACCAGUCUCUCUCAUAUUGCCAACGACCAUGCCGCAUGUGUAGCUCUCAACUGGGAACUGUGAUCAACGGUAAUGAUGUCGCGUAGUGAGCGAAGGAAUCCAGAUGCAAGCGAAGGGGAAAAAAAGAACUUUCCUUUCAUAGCACAGAGCAUCAAUAGACC